AUGGGAGAGAAGGCACUGGGCCCUGGCCACCCUGAUGUUGCUGGAUGGCUCAGCGAUCGGGCGGAUUUGUUGCGUGCUGAGUGCAAUUAUGCUGAAGCAGAUGCUCUGUACCUUCGAGCUAUCGAGAUUGGAGAAAAGACGCUAGGCCUUGAGCAUCCCGAUCUUGCCGCCAGGCUCAGCAACCGGGCUUCGGUGUUGAGGGCGCAGUGGAAGAUUCCUGAGGCGAUAUCUCUGUCCCUUCGAGCUACCGACAUUGGGGAGAAGACCCUAGGCGCUGAGCACCCCGGCCAUGCUGCAAUUCUCACUACUCGGGCGUGGGUGCUAGCGGCACAGGGCAAGUACGCUGAGGCGGACAGUCUCUGCCUUCGAGCCAUCGACAUUGGAGAGGAAACGCUAGGCCCUGACCACCCCGAUCUUGCUGGAUGGCUCAACGACCGGGCGGUAUUGUUAGAGAAGUUGGGCAAGUACGCUGAAGCGGCCCCUCUCUCUUUUCUAGCUAUCGAUAUGGCGGAGAGGACGUUGGGCCCUGACCACCCUCGUGUUUCGGUAUGGCUUGGCAACCGGGCGUCCUUGCUAGAGAAGCAGAAACAGGGAGGGUACACGCAGGCAGAUUCUCUGUACGUUCGAGCUAUCCACAUUGGGGAGAGGACCUUGGGCACCGACCACCCCGAUUGUGCUCGAUGGCUUGUCAACCGGGCAUCGUUGUUAGAAAAAAUGGGCAAGUACGCUGAGGCGGACAGCUUGUACCUCCGAGCCACCGAGAUUGGAGAGGAAAUGCUAGGUCCUGACCACCCCGAUCUUGCUGGAUGGCUCAACGACCGGGCGGUAUUGUUAGAGAAGUUGGGCAAGUAUGCUGAAGCGGACCCUCUCUCUUUUCUAGCUAUCGAUAUGGCGGAGAGGACGUUGGGCCCUGACCACCCUCGUGUUUCGGUAUGGCUUGGCAACCGGGCGUCAUUGCUAGAGAAACAGGGCAGAGAUUCUGAGGCGGACCGCCUGUACCUUCGAGCCAUCGAGAUUGGGGAGAAGGGGUCAGACCCUGACCACCUGCAGCUUGCGGCCAUGCUCAAUAACCGGGCGGUCUUCGUAGAGAACCAGGGCAAGUACGCUGAGGCGGACCAUUUGUACCUUCGAGCUAUCGACAUUGGGGAGAGGAUGUUGGGCCCUGACCACCCGGACUUUGCUCUGUGGUUCGGCAACCGGGCGUCCUUGUUAGUUAAACAGGGCAAGUACACGGAGGCGGACUCUCUGUACGUUCGAGCUCUGAACAUUGGAGAGAGGACGUUGGGCUCUGAUCACCCCGAGUUUGCUGGAUGGCUUGUUAACCGGGCAUCUUCGUUAGGGAAACAGUUGACUAACCUUGACAACGAUAUGUUCUAG